AUGUCUGAAUCUCCUUUCACGCUGGCCGUUCCAGACACAGAGCUCGAAUUUCUGCGCAAGAAGCUCGAACUCACUCGCUUCCCUGACGAACUCGAUGGAGCUGAAUGGAAGUACGGACCACCGCUGGAAGAUAUGCGGCGGCUUGUGGCGCGGUGGAAGGAUGGCUACGACUGGCGCAAAGCUGAGGCGGAAAUCAACAAGAUUCCCCAAUUCACACGGGAUAUUGAAGUGGAUGGCUUUGGAAGUCUGAACAUUCACUAUGUUCAUCAACAGAGUCGGGUGACUGGCGCUGUGCCAUUAUUAUUCAUUCACGGAUGGCCCGGCCAUUUCAUGGAGGUGUCCAAAUUGCUGCCACUCCUGCCAGAGACGUCUCCGGAACAUCCUAGCUUCCAUGUUGUAGCUCUCAGCUUGCCAGGAUUUGGUUUCUCCGAGGCAGCAAAGAAAACUGGGUUUGGCAUUUACCAGUAUGCUGAAGUCGCCAACAAAUUGAUGGUUGCAUUGGGUUAUCAUGAAUAUGUAAUCCAAGCAGGCGACUGGGGUUACGGUAUUACCAAAAUCAUGGCUCACAAAUAUGGUCAUAAGUACGUGAAGGCGUGGCAUACUAAUUUCCCGACGACUGGCCCUCCAACUUUCACGUCAGACCCGGGACGUUAUUUGGCAUCACUUGUGUCACCCUACACUGCUGAGGAGAAUGCCAGUCUGGAACGUACGAAAUAUUUCUGGGAAAAGAGAAGCGGAUAUUUCAGAAUACAGCAACACACUCCGCAAACACUGGGCUACAGCAUUGCGGAUUCGCCCGCCGGUUUACUUGGGUGGAUCUACGAGAAGAUCAUACUUGCUAGUGAUUCGUACCCUUGGGAUGACGACGAAAUAUUGACGUGGAUCUCCAUUUACUGGUUCUCUCGUGCUGGCCCUACUGCAUCUGUGCGGAUUUACUAUGAAGCGACCACUGAAAUUGAUCCUUUCCAUGAAAACAUUUGGAGCUCCAUCCCCCUUGGAUUCUCGUUCUUUCCCAAGGAGAUUGCCAAGGUACCUAGACUUUGGUCCCGAGGUAUUGGGAACGUGGUUUUUGAGGCCGAACACGAGAGCGGCGGGCAUUUCGCUGCUCAUGAAAAGCCCGCCGAGCUCGUGGGCGACCUCCGAAAAAUGUUCGGCAAGGGAGGGCCUGCGUACGGCGUCGUCAAAGGAAAGGACGGCUACGCGUAA